AACUCUUGCAAACCAAACAGAAAAGUUAACUGAAACCGAAGUGAGUGAAGUGUGAAAAUUGGGUGAUGAUGCUCGCUCAUGUUAAUCAACCACUCAUUAUUUCCUGAUAAUAUAUAUAAACCAUAAUGUUGUGCAAUUUCCAGAACAACCCAACAGUGCAAAAUGUUAUCAAUUUCCAAUUACAAUACAAUCAUACUCUCUUUCCCCAUUAACAACAAACUCAACCAUAGACGACAGACACAAUCCUUGGUGGUAGCAGCAGCUUCCAUUCACCACGACAGUCUCAGAGUCCUCGAAUGGGAUAAACUCUCCGAUUUGGUCUCUUCUUUCGCCACCACUUCCUUGGGCCGUCAUGCCCUCAAGGAUCAACUAUGGUCCCAGAAUCGAACUUAUGAGGAAAGUCUCAAACUUCUUGAAGAAACCAAUGCUGCAGUUGAAAUGCACAAGCAUGGCUCAUGCAGGUUGCACUUUGGUCACAUUGAUGCUAUGCUGGCCCAAACUGGAAUUCAAAAUGCACGGAGAACCAUACCAGUAACUGGCCAUGAGGCAAGGGCUGUUUUUGCUCUUCUUCAGAGUGCUGACACCUUGCAGGGUGAUUUAAAAGCCACAAUUAAGCAAGGCAAAGAUUGGUACAGUCGUUUCAUGCCUCUUACAGAAGUGAUAAUGGAGUUUGUCAUCAACCGGUCUUUAAUUAAAGUGAUAGAACAAGUAAUUGACGAUGAUGGCUCUAUCAAGGACUCUGCAAGUCCAGAGCUUAGAAAGGCACGUCAACAAGUGCAAGUGCUUGAGAGAAAGGUAGAACAAUUAAUGGAAAGCUUAAUCAGAAGUGAAGGGAGUGAAACAUCAAUUCUUGAAGUGAAUAACAUUGAUGGCAGGUGGUGCAUAAGAGUGGAUUCUACACAGAAAACAAGUUUCAAGGGUCUGUUGUUGUCCAGUAGUUCAGGAGUAGGAAGUACUAUAGAACCACUUUCUGCUGUUCCCUUAAACGAUGAGUUGCAACGAGCCAGAGGUUUGGUUGCACAGGCUGAAGCAGAUGUGCUCUUGACAUUAACCAAAAAGAUUCAGCUGGACGUUGAUGAUAUUGAAAAUAUACUAAACAGUUUGGUUCAACUAGAUGUGAUUAAUGCCCGUGCUACUUAUGGUAUUUCAUUCGGAGGAUCAAAUCCCCAAAUAUUUCUGCCUGAUAGGAAUAGCUCUUGUAGUGCUGAAUCCUUCUUAACAAGGAAUGAAAAUUCCAAUGGACCGUUACCCAACAACAGGGAAUGGAUAUUGUAUCUUCCUAAAGCUUAUCAUCCUUUAUUGCUCAAUAGCCACAGGGCAAAUUCAAAGAAGGCCAAAGAGGAUGUUGCUACUUCAGUUGCUGCACUGGACAAAGCCCAACCACAGCCAGUACCGGUUGACUUUUUGGUAUCUAGCAAAACUCGUGUUAUAGUAAUAACUGGACCUAAUACCGGUGGUAAAACGAUAUGUUUGAAAACUGUAGGAUUGGCUGCUAUGAUGGCAAAAUCAGGUCUCUAUGUUCUUGCUUCUGAAUCUGUGCAAAUUCCUUGGUUUGAUUCUGUUUUUGCUGACAUUGGCGAUGAGCAGUCCUUAUCACAGUCUCUGUCUACGUUCUCCGGCCACUUGAAACAGAUAAGUAAUAUUAAAUUACAAUCAACAAUGCAGUCACUAGUGUUACUAGAUGAGGUUGGUGCGGGAACAAACCCCCUUGAAGGAGCAGCACUAGGAAUGUCAUUAUUGGAAUCGUUUGCCCAAGAUGGUUGUUUAUUGACUAUAGCAACGACUCAUCAUGGUGAACUGAAAACCCUGAAGUACAGUAAUGAGGCCUUUGAAAAUGCAUGUAUGGAAUUUGACGAAGUGAAUUUAAAGCCAACUUACAAGGUUCUCUGGGGAAUACCUGGGCGCUCAAAUGCAAUCAAUAUAGCCGAGAGGCUGGGACUACCCUCUGUUGUUAUAGAUACAGCUCGGAAGUUAUAUGGUUCUUCUAGUGCGGAGAUUGACGAGGUAAUUACUGAUAUGGAGAAGCUAAAACAAGAUUACCAUGAGCGAUUAACUGAAGCAGAUUAUUAUCUGAUGCAAUCCAGAGGACUACACAGUAGUCUAUUGAACACCAGAAGGAAGAUCGCGGAACAUAGUACAAGUCUAAAAUUUAAAAAAAUGAGAGAUGUAUCCGAGGCUGCAGCGAUGGCAAGAUCCACUGUUCACAAGAAGGUCAGGGAGUUGGAUGCAUCAGCUAAGAAAACCUCACAGUACAAUAAAGCCAUCAAGAGCUCUCAUGUAUCAACAACAAACAACCUCCAUACUGCAGCAGCAGAUAACAAAAAACCUACUAUUACAGAUAGAAGACCAGCUGAUGUUAAAAAAAUUGGCAAAUCAUCAAAAGAUAGGUCUGGAGUUCCAAAGGUUGGCGAUACAGUACACGUCUCUUCCCUUGGGAAAAAGGUGACUGUUUUAGAAGUGGAUUCAUCCAAAGGAGAAAUUUUAGUUCAAGCUGGAAUCAUGAAAUUGAAACUAAAAGUAACUGACAUUCAAAGAUUGUAGAAAUUAUAGUUCAAGUCAUGACCAUAAUCAUAAAUGAGUGAGUGUUUUCUUUAAGCAAUACAAACUAUAGCAACAUAAUGAUCAUAGAAAUUGUGAACCAUGAAGAAUUAAAUAGUAGUGUUUUAAUUCGUUUUUCAGAAAUCAGUGCAUUGUAUUAUGCUUCUAAUUAUACAUAUGGCCCUUUCCACAUACCCUUCCAUUCCUUCUAUACACUUUUGAAAGAUUUUUCAAGAUUUGUUUCAUAAUCAUGAAAAGGGAAAGUCUUUAUUGAAAACAUAGGUGGCCUGUAGGGGUACUAUUCCUUGAUAUAGGCUGACGUGUCCUGAUUAAAGAACAAAUGUUAUACAAUCCCAUCAACAAUACUAAUAGUUGAUGUGCUAGCUGUGCAAGGGGCACUAUGCCAAAAUCUCAUGUGUGUCCUUUCCCAUAUAUGUUUUAAUUGCUCCACGGAUGACUAUUUAGGUAAGAGUUUAUGGUAGUGUCUAUGACCUUCAUGAAUUUGAGAAGCAACAAAACCUUUUUCAUGUUUGGCUCGUAUGGGUUACCUGCAAAGUAUUUACUGAUAUGUGAUUAGAUUUUGGGCUCCCUGCACUUUGAAUUAUGUAUGCUUUAGUCUUAGAUGGGUGAGCAAUGCAUGGUCAAGCUGGGAAAAUCUUGUCCUAUGGGCAACCGUUGCUUCAAAUUUGAACACACUAUUACUAGGUUUUAUGUCUUGCAUGGUUUCCCUCCUCGCCAACGUUGCACAUACUGCUCUACUUGCUUCCUUUGAGUGCACUAUGCUUGCAUAUGAUCCCCGUUGCUUCUUUUUUCUCCUACAAAGGGUUUAUCUGUAACAAGUUAAAAGCUUAGUAAGUUUUAGUUUGCGAGGGAGUUUUGGAGUAUAAGAAAAAUAUCUUAUAAUAUUUUAAUAUUAUCUUGAGAAAUCUUAUAGAAUUAGUUUGUUAAUUUAGAAUAUCUCUUAAGAUUAGUUUCCAUAUUAUUUAGUUAUAGUCAUUAUUUGUUUCUCUAUUCAAUUAGUAUUUGUAUCAAUAGGGUCUAGAAUAUUUUUGUAUCAUUAAAUCAUCCAACACAGUCAUAUUUUAGUCUUUAUUCUUUCUCACCUUACUUUAUCUAAAACCCUAAAACUCCAACAACAGAAGUUUACAAAAAAAAAUAAUAUAUGAUAAGUCAAUAAACUAUUUUCAACUUAUUUCAAUUAGAUCCCCCAGUAUAGCUUGUGAAUAACCACUUAAUUAAGCUCCUUAAAAUCUCUUAUUGAAUAAAUGCUUAACAAGUUGUUAUCUCAACCACACCUCUUAUUGAACUUAUUAGUAUUAAAUAAGCAUAAAUUGCAUUUCUUGUAGUAUUUUCUUGGCAGCUUUUACAUGACAGAUUGCCUUCGAAAACCAAUUUGCAUAGGAGAAGGCUGCUCCAUCUCUCUGGUAGUCAAGACUGUGUUUGGUGUGUGGAUAAAGCGGAGACUUGUAUUCAUCUUUUGCUCCAUUGCAAUUUCGCUCAGAAAAUGUGGAGGGAGGUUUGUGUGUGGCUGAACUUGGAUAUUAUUAUCCCUCCCAAUCUGUUUAUUCUUUUCCUGUUGUUCCAUGGUGAGUGUUCUCUCAAAAAAGUGCGAAAAGGUUUUUUACUCAUUUGGCAUGCGACUCUGUGGUUUAUUUGGAAAGCAAGGAACAGUUUGAUCGUUAAUAAUUUGAAUAAAGAUCCUUUGGAGGUGGUGGAAGAGAUGAAGGUGAUGUCCUGGAGGUGGCAUGUCCAUAGGUUGAAAAUCUCGCCGUGUCUUUUGUAUGAAUGGCUUAAGGAACCAGUUUAUUGUUUUGGGAAUUGAUUGCUGUUUUUUAUGUGCAAUUUUCUGGUUUUUCUGGUUCUGCUGCAGUCGUUUUUGCUGUGUUUGGUGGUUUCCUGUCCUCUUUUGGUUCCUCUUGCUGUUCUAGUUGCUUUUGUUUUUGGAGUGGUGUGGUGCAGUUUUGGUGUUGUAAUACUUUGUUGUGUUUCUGGUGGGAGCUGUUGGUUCCUAUCUGGUGCUCUUUGUGUAUUUCUUGUACUCAAAGUGUCUUUUUAAUAAAUUUUUUUGCUGUUUCUAAAAAAAA